GUCCAAUCGGGUUCUUCGUGGGCGGGACACCGUUCUGAAAAUUAUACGAGCUAAAUUCAACCGCUUUGUGUAGGUUCUGUAGUUUUCCGUACAGUGGUUUAUAUUUUAUUUCACAUUUUUGUUGCAUAGAAUAUAUUCAAAAUUCGUAUCCGAACAGUUUACUGUUAUGAAGGUGGCGUUUUAGAGUCCGAAACCACCGACGUGGACCAAAACAAAUCAAAUGAUAGCUAGCUUCCUAGCUUAAGCAUGCCGAAUUUUUGCGCGGCCCCAAACUGUACACGGAAAAGCACACAGUCAGAUCUGGCUUUUUUCCGUUUUCCAAGAGACCCAGAGAGAUGCAGGAUCUGGGUGGAGAACUGCCGCAGAGCAGAUCUGGAAGCCAAAACUGCAGAUCAGUUGAAUAAACAUUACAGAUUAUGUGCAAAGCACUUCGACCCGGCGAUGGUCUGCAAAACGAGUCCGUAUAGGACUGUGCUGAAGGACACAGCAAUUCCAACCAUCUUUGAUCUAACGAGCCAUCUGAAGAACCCACACACCAGACACCGCAAACGCAUCAAAGAGCUCACUGAGGACGAUAUUAGGAGGAUGAAAGAAAGACGACUGGCAGCGGAACAGCGUUCUUCCAAAAAAGAAGAAGAGAGCCCAAACACAAACAAUGCCGAACCUCAGCUGUCCGCAGAGGAGAAGGAAUACAGAGAUUACCUGAGGUCUUCCUUUGAGAUUCUCUUGUUGUUGGGGAAACAGGGAAUCCCUCUAACAGUGGACAAAGUGUCAGAGACUGAAUUUAAGCCCAACAACUUCCAGGCUCUCCUGGAUUACUCCAUGAAUGCCGGCGAUGCCGCUUUGAGGAAGCGCUUCAGUACGAUGGCCGUCAACACAGAAUACCUCUCUUCAACCCAGCUGAAUCAGCUGCUGGAUGUUUGCGAGAACACAGUGCGCGAGGAGAUGCUCAUGGAGGUGAGAGAAAGUCGCUUCUUCUCCCUGGUCACAGGGGAGCUUGUGGAGUUUUCCCAGGAAAAGUAUCUGCCUCUGUUUCUCCGCUACGUGAAUCAGCAGAACCUCAUUAGGGAGGAGUUAUUGGACUUUUUGCCGUUCGGGGAUGGGGACGAGUGUGGCCUGGUGGAGCAGCUGGAGGCCCAGCUGACGGAGCGCUGGGGUCUCAGCAUGGAGGACUGCCGGGGUCAGGCGCACAAAGCCUGCGGAACCUCCACCAUCAAGAUGAAGGCUGUGGCGGUCCUGCUGAUGGAGAAGUACAAGUUUGCGCUCCACGUGCCUUGUUCUCACAUGGCGCUAAACAUCCACCUGGCCAACAACCUGCCCUUUCCCAACGUCCAGGUCGUCAUGGAAACUCUGAGGAGGAUCACUAAGUUCUUUGAAACGCCGUCAACUCAGGCGGAGCUGGAGAAAGCCAUCAGCACGCACCAUCAGAAGAACGAGGACAAGGCCACUGCACUGAAAGAAGCUUGUGGCUGUCGCUGGGCCGAGCAGCACAAUGUUUUUGAUGUGCUGCUCGACGUCUUGCCGCCGCUGCUGCUGUGCAUGGAUAACGUUCGGGACAACGAUGACGGACUGUUCACCUCCGCCACUGUGGCGAGCGCUUACUCCAUCGCAGAAAUCCUCGCCGACUUUGAGUUCAUCGUUACAGUUGUCAUCUUGAAAAACGUCCUCACGUUCACCAGAGCUUUCGGGAGGAACCUGCAAGGCGAAACGCUCGAAGUGUUCUCUGCGGCCAACAGCUUGACCGCCGUCCUGCAUUCCCUGAACGAGGUCAACGACAACAUCGACGUCUACCACGAAUUCUGGUACGAGGAGGCUAUAAGCUUGGCGUCCCUGAUGGAGAUCCCCGUGUCCAUCCCGAGGCUCUUCCUCCGGAAGCAGAGAUCUAUCGACGCCGGCGAAGUCCAAGCAGAGCUGUAUUUUAAGGAGUACGUGACCAUUCCCGUGAUCCGCGGCAUCAUGCAAGAGGUGGAGGACAUGUUCUCUGACACGCACCUCAAAGCUCUCAAGUGCCUGUCUCUGGUCCCAGCCGUCAUGGGCCACAUGAAGUUCAACACCACGGAGGAGAAUUACGCCGACAUUUACCGCAACGACCUGCCGAAUCCCGACACGCUCCCAGCAGAGCUCCACUGCUGGAGGAUCAAAUGGAAACACCGCGGCAAGGAGGUGCGCCUGCCCACCACCAUCCACGAGACCCUGCAGCUUCCAGACGUCAAGUUCUUCCCCAACGUCAACUCCUUCCUGAAAGUGCUCUCCACCUUGCCCGUGCUGAAGCUGGAAAGCGGCAGCGACGACACGGCGACCAAACGGCUGCAGGCGUAUCUCGACAACACGCCUGUUAAAAACUGGCACAAAAGCCUGGCCAUGCUGCACGUCAACAGUCAUGUCAAGCACGACCUGGACGUCAUGGUGGACAAAUACUGCAGGCUUUAUCCGGAGGAUGAGGGAGAGGGGGAGGAACCCGCAGAGGAAGAACCUGUGGAGGAGGAUGCUGCGGCGGCAAACUGAUGGAAAACUGUGGAUCAGUAGUCCCUGCUACAACCUCUGACCAUUUUAAAGAAACCGAAAGUGUUCCUGAAGGCUUCUAAUGAACAAAGGUGCAAAUCUGCAGCCUUUAAGACAUUAAACAAUCAAAACAGAGAAGUCUGAGCCAGGAUGUGUUUAUGCUGUUUGAAACCCAUUCUUUAAAACAAAGCGUGUUGGUAACAUUUUUUAGAUCAGAUUUGUUUCUUAAACAGACUUUUGGUUGUUCUUAAUCCAAACCUCAUGAUGGAGGCAAAAGUCUCUGACUGUGAACCAAUGAGGAGUCGGGUGGAGCAGUAGAGGGAGCAGUUCCACCAGCAUCCAGGUCUUUUCUCACUUCGGGCCACAGUCAUAAAUGAUAGAAAACAUCAGAUAAAGCAGCUUUUUUGUUCACUUACUUCGACUUUUGUUUUUUAACUGAAAAAUAAAAGUGUGGUUUCUGUUGACAUCAUUCCUGCAUUUUCAAUCUAUUUUUCAAUGGACUUGUUGCGUCAUUUGUGUAAAUAAACAUUAGCAUUGCA